AUGAGCGAGGAGAGAGUUGUAGCAGGUCAGAGGACUGGGUCAGAUAUCCAGGGUCAAGAACAUAGGAGUGGAGGAAAACAGUUUCAUGUUCUCCGGACACUUGACUACACCAGCUUGGCCAAAGUGCAGGUUCUAGGUGACAUCACACAAAAAGGAUAUGAAAAGAAGAGGUCAAAGCUAAUCGGAGCCUACCUUCCCCAGCCUCCAAGGGUGGACCAAGCUUUGCCUCAAGAACGCCGGGCUCCCGUCACUCCUUCCUCCUCCUCUCGCUAUCACCGCCGACGGUCCUCAGGGUCACGAGAUGAGCGCUAUCGAUCAGAUGUUCAUACGGAAGCUGUGCAGGCAGCUCUCGCUAAACACAAAGAGAGGAAGAUGGCAGUGCCUAUGCCUUCCAAACGCAGGUCCCUGGUUGUGCAGACCUCGAUGGAUGCCUACACCCCUCCAGAUACCUCUUCUGGUUCAGAGGAUGAAGGAUCAGUGCAGGGCGACUCCCAGGGUACCCCCACCUCCAGCCAAGGCAGCAUCAACAUGGAGCACUGGAUCAGCCAGGCCAUCCACGGCUCCACCACGUCCACCACCUCGUCAUCGUCCACGCAGAGCGGGGGUAGCGGAGCUGCCCACAGGCUGGCGGAUGUCAUGGCCCAGACCCACAUAGAAAACCAUUCUGCACCUCCUGAUGUCACCACUUACACCUCAGAACACUCAAUACAAGUGGAGAGACCACAGGGCUCCACAACCUCCCGGACGGCACCCAAGUAUGGCAAUGCCGAGCUCAUGGAAACUGGGGAUGGAGUACCGGUAAGUAGCCGGGUAUCAGCAAAAAUUCAGCAGCUUGUCAAUACCCUCAAACGACCGAAACGGCCACCAUUACGAGAAUUCUUUGUUGAUGACUUUGAAGAAUUAUUAGAAGUUCAACAACCAGAUCCGAACCAACCAAAGCCAGAGGGAGCCCAGAUGCUGGCAAUGCGCGGGGAGCAGUUGGGAGUGGUCACGAAUUGGCCACCGUCUUUGGAAGCCGCGCUGCAGCGAUGGGGAACCAUCUCGCCCAAGGCACCCUGCCUGACCACCAUGGACACAAACGGGAAACCUCUGUACAUCCUCACUUACGGUAAACUGUGGACGAGAAGUAUGAAGGUUGCUUACAACAUCCUGCAUAAAUUAGGUACAAAGCAGGAACCUAUGGUGCGACCUGGAGACAGGGUGGCGCUGGUGUUCCCAAACAAUGACCCCGCUGCUUUUAUGGUGGCCUUCUAUGGCUGCCUGCUGGCUGAAGUUGUCCCUGUGCCCAUCGAGGUGCCGCUCACGAGAAAGGACGCAGGGAGCCAGCAGAUAGGUUUCUUGCUUGGAAGCUGUGGCGUUACUGUAGCCUUGACUAGCGACGCUUGUCACAAAGGACUACCAAAAAGCCCGACAGGAGAGAUCCCACAGUUUAAAGGUUGGCCAAAGCUACUGUGGUUCGUCACAGAGUCAAAACACCUCUCAAAGCCUCCUCGAGAUUGGUUCCCACACAUUAAAGAUGCAAAUAAUGACACUGCUUAUAUUGAGUACAAGACGUGUAAGGAUGGGAGCGUGCUUGGCGUGACUGUGACGAGGAUUGCGCUGCUGACGCACUGCCAGGCUUUGACACAGGCAUGCGGCUACACAGAAGCCGAAACCAUCGUGAAUGUGCUGGAUUUCAAGAAGGAUGUGGGUCUCUGGCACGGCAUCCUGACAAGUGUCAUGAACAUGAUGCACGUGAUCAGCAUCCCGUACUCGCUGAUGAAGGUGAACCCCCUCUCCUGGAUCCAGAAGGUCUGCCAGUACAAAGCAAAAGUGGCCUGUGUGAAGUCAAGGGACAUGCACUGGGCACUAGUAGCACACAGAGAUCAAAGAGACAUCAACCUCUCCUCUCUGCGGAUGUUAAUAGUGGCCGACGGAGCAAAUCCCUGGUCUAUUUCUUCUUGUGACGCAUUUCUCAAUGUCUUCCAAAGUAAAGGCCUUCGGCAGGAGGUCAUCUGUCCCUGUGCCAGCUCACCAGAGGCCCUCACCGUGGCUAUCCGGAGGCCCACGGACGACAGCAACCAGCCCCCAGGCAGAGGCGUUCUCUCCAUGCACGGCCUGACCUUCGGGGUUAUCCGCGUGGACUCGGAAGAGAAGCUCUCGGUGCUCACAGUGCAGGAUGUCGGCCUCGUCAUGCCUGGUGCCAUCAUGUGUUCAGUGAAGCCAGAUGGGAUUCCUCAGCUGUGCAGAACAGACGAGAUCGGGGAGUUGUGUGUGUGUGCAGUUGCGACGGGAACAUCGUAUUAUGGCCUCUCUGGCAUGACCAAGAACACCUUUGAGGUGUUUCCCAUGACGAGUUCGGGGGCUCCCAUCAGUGAAUAUCCAUUCAUAAGGACAGGCCUGCUGGGGUUUGUCGGUCCAGGGGGGCUCGUCUUCGUGGUGGGCAAGAUGGACGGCCUCAUGGUGGUCAGUGGACGCAGACAUAAUGCCGACGACAUUGUGGCCACAGCACUGGCCGUGGAGCCCAUGAAGUUUGUCUACAGAGGAAGGAUUGCUGUGUUCUCAGUGACCGUCCUUCAUGAUGAAAGGAUAGUGAUUGUGGCUGAGCAGAGGCCAGACUCCACAGAGGAGGACAGCUUCCAGUGGAUGAGCAGGGUGCUCCAGGCAAUUGACAGUAUACAUCAAGUUGGAGUUUAUUGCCUGGCCUUGGUGCCGGCAAAUACCCUCCCUAAAACCCCUCUUGGUGGGAUCCAUUUGUCGGAAACAAAGCAGCUCUUCCUGGAGGGCUCUCUUCACCCCUGCAAUGUCCUGAUGUGCCCCCACACCUGUGUCACAAACUUGCCAAAACCUCGGCAGAAGCAACCAGAAAUCGGCCCUGCCUCUGUGAUGGUAGGAAACCUGGUUUCUGGGAAGAGGAUCGCCCAGGCUAGUGGCAGAGACCUGGGCCAGAUAGAGGACAACGACCAGGCCCGGAAGUUCCUGUUUCUCUCAGAGGUCUUGCAGUGGAGGGCCCAGACCACCCCUGACCACGUCCUCUACACGCUGCUCAACUGCCGGGGUACGAUAGCCAACUCGCUGACGUGUGUGCAGCUUCAUAAGCGAGCUGAAAAGAUAGCCGUGAUGCUGAUGGAGAGGGGGCACCUGCAAGACGGAGAUCACGUUGCUUUAGUCUACCCACCAGGAAUAGACCUUAUUGCCGCAUUUUACGGUUGCCUGUAUGCAGGCUGUGUGCCAAUAACCGUCCGUCCUCCGCACCCACAGAACAUUGCAACCACGCUGCCUACUGUCAAGAUGAUUGUGGAGGUGAGUCGCUCUGCCUGUCUGAUGACAACACAGCUGAUCUGUAAAUUGUUACGGUCCAGGGAGGCGGCAGCAGCUGUAGAUGUCAGGACGUGGCCCCUCAUACUGGACACAGAUGAUUUGCCAAAGAAGCGGCCUGCCCAGAUCUAUAAACCGUCUAACCCAGACACACUGGCUUACCUUGACUUCAGCGUGUCCACGACUGGGAUGCUAGCGGGCGUAAAGAUGUCUCACGCAGCCACCAGUGCCUUCUGCCGUUCUAUUAAGCUGCAGUGUGAGCUUUACCCCUCUAGAGAAGUGGCCAUCUGUUUGGACCCUUACUGUGGACUUGGAUUUGUCCUGUGGUGCCUCUGCAGCGUGUACUCCGGGCACCAAUCCAUUCUGAUUCCGCCCUCAGAGCUGGAGACCAACCCUGCCUUGUGGCUUCUUGCUGUGAGUCAGUACAAAGUCCGGGACACGUUCUGCUCCUACUCGGUGAUGGAGCUUUGCACCAAGGGCCUGGGCUCACAGACGGAGUCUCUCAAGGCACGAGGCUUGGACUUGUCCCGAGUAAGGACCUGUGUAGUUGUGGCGGAAGAUCUGCCUCGGAUAGCACUCACACAGUCAUUCUCAAAACUGUUUAAGGACCUGGGCCUCCACCCACGGGCUGUUAGUACGUCAUUUGGCUGCAGAGUGAACCUGGCAAUUUGCUUGCAGGGGACCUCAGGACCUGACCCAACCACUGUCUAUGUUGAUAUGAGAGCCCUGAGACACGACAGAGUCCGUUUGGUAGAAAGAGGGUCUCCUCACAGCUUGCCCCUGAUGGAGUCAGGAAAAAUACUUCCGGGAGUUCGGAUCAUAAUUGCCAACCCCGAAACGAAAGGACCGCUGGGCGACUCACACCUUGGAGAGAUCUGGGUUCACAGCGCCCACAACGCCAGCGGCUACUUCACAAUCUAUGGAGACGAAUCUCUCCAGUCAGAUCAUUUCAACUCCAGGUUAAGUUUUGGAGACACCCAGACCAUCUGGGCACGAACAGGCUACUUGGGGUUCCUACGGAGAACUGAGCUCACAGAUGCAAACGGAGAGCGCCAUGAUGCCCUGUAUGUGGUGGGGGCCUUGGAUGAAGCCAUGGAGCUGCGGGGUAUGAGGUACCACCCCAUAGACAUCGAGACUUCCGUCAUCAGAGCCCACAAAAGUGUGACAGAGUGUGCUGUGUUUACCUGGACAAAUCUCUUGGUGGUUGUGGUUGAGCUUGAUGGGUCAGAGCAAGAAGCCUUGGACCUGGUUCCCUUGGUGACGAACGUGGUCCUGGAGGAGCACUACCUGAUCGUGGGUGUGGUGGUCGUGGUGGACAUCGGCGUCAUCCCCAUCAACUCCCGUGGAGAGAAGCAGCGAAUGCACCUACGGGACGGCUUCUUGGCAGACCAGCUGGACCCCAUCUAUGUGGCCUACAACAUGUAGUCUUGUCUCUUUGGCUUCCGAGGACUUUUCUAGAGAUGUAAACAUUUUUCUCAGU